AUGCCUUCACUCCGUCUCCCCAAAAUACCAAUACCCCGACCCUCCUACCGGGGAUACUCCACCUCCGCACCAUCCCCUUCUUCACGACUGAACCUCCCCAUCGACUACAGAUCGACACCGCUCCUCCACCACACGGCCUCCAGCCUUUCGAACCACCCAGACCUCCCCAGCAAUCCGACUUCCAAAUCUAUCAAUCUCUAUCAAGCCAUUAACUCCGCAUUACGUACCGCCCUCUCCACCUCCAACAAGGUGAUGCUCUUCGGCGAAGACGUCGCGUUUGGCGGCGUCUUCCGCUGCUCGAUGGACCUACAGACUGAAUUCGGCUCGGAACGAGUCUUCAACACACCCCUAACAGAGCAAGGGAUCGUCGGCUUUGCCAUCGGCGCAGCAGCUCAGGGGAUGAAGCCCGUCGCGGAGAUCCAGUUCGCAGACUACGUGUUCCCGGCAUUCGAUCAGAUCGUGAACGAGGCGGCGAAGUUUCGGUUCCGGGAGGGAGCAACAGGGGUAGAUAUUGGAGGGAUGGUGGUGCGGAUGCCGUGUGGCGCGGUCGGACAUGGUGCUUUAUACCACUCCCAAUCACCGGAAGCACUAUUCGCACACGUCCCAGGUGUACAAGUCGUCAUGCCUCGCUCCCCAUCCCAAGCCAAAGGCCUACUCCUAUCCUCGAUUUUCGAGUCUAAGAAUCCCGUCAUUUUCAUGGAACCGAAAAUCCUCUAUCGUGCCGCAGUAGAACACGUCCCAAGCGAGUACUACACCAUUCCACUAAACACAGCGGAAGUGGUUAAGCCAGGGAACGACCUGACGAUAGUCUCGUACGGACAGCCUCUAUACCUCUGCUCCGCGGCCAUCGAAGCAGCGGAGAGGGCAUUCGGGGCGAGUAUCGAGCUGAUCGAUCUGCGUACAAUCUACCCGUGGGAUCGACCAACGGUAUUGGAUAGCGUAAGGAAGACCGGACGGGCGAUCGUCGUCCACGAGAGCAUGAUCAACUACGGAGUCGGCGCUGAGGUGGCUGCUACCAUUCAGGACGGGGCGUUCUUGCGUCUCGAGGCACCGGUUAAGAGAGUCGCGGGGUGGAGUACGCAUACGGGUCUGAUGUAUGAGAAGUUUGUGAUUCCAGAUGUUGCGCGGAUAUACGAUGCGAUCAAGCAGACACUUGAGUAUUGA